AUGGAAUUUGUUGUCUACUUUGUCAAGACGACCGAUACCGAAGAUCAUCUCAAAAAGGUUCAUAAUCAGCCAUUGCGCCAACCGGGGCGUAGACGAAGGGGAGAGACCGGAGGGAUCAAAGGUUUGACCCAAGCCGGUCUGGUCCGGACUCCAGUCGCUUGUCAAACCCUUUUUCACGGCCCACGAUGCAGGUACUUCAUCGUUAGGGCCCGCAAAGUUCACGAGGAAAUAGAGGAAAGCCCAACUGGAUCUGAUGCAGGAAGUGACGCAACUAACAUCGGCCCUGCGUUCACUCAACCUAGACUCGAGGAUAUCAUAAACCUUCAGCUUGCUCAGCAGGAAAACGAAAACUCAGCAAUAUCAAACCAGACUGGCUUUAACAUAAACCUUCUAUCUUCUGACCCGCGACAUCGAUCCCAGUGGCUUCGAGUCACGGAAUGGCCCCGCUUCCUAGAAUCCCACGAACAAGAACUGAUGCAGGUUGCCGCUCUGGUUUCACUUCCGAACCUAGCCAUGUCGUAUGAGCUAGACUCCCCAAGCAGUCCUGAAAAUUUACUGUCUAUUCUUUAUCUAGCUACAUGUCCUAAGAUGUGCUGA